AUGACCAAAGGUGUUGGUUCUUCUUUCACCGCUCAUUCGAAGGGUAACUUAUUGGAACCACCAAGUCGUAGAUGGUCAAAGCACAGUCCAAAUAAUGAAAAUAUUUCUUGGUCUUCGCAAGGUUCUUCAAGGAAUGAUCGUACAAGUUGGUGCUUGGAUGUUAAUGAUAAUUCUUCAGCUGCUGCUCGAAAUAAUCUGAAUAAAUCACGACCAACAUCUGUAUCGUUUGAUACGCCACCAUUACCUACUUCUGUAACACUUAAUAAUCUUCCUCCAAACUCUCCUCCAUCAAUUUAUAAUCCAUCGGCUUCACGUGAAUCGAGAAAUUCUUCUUCGUUUUAUUUUACUUCAAAUACUUUAUUACCAAGUCCAAUCUAUCCAUCAUCAUCCUCAUCACCUGUACAACAACAUCCACCUACAAAUCUGCCAUCAUCUGCCAUCACUUCUGAACAUACAAUCAAUUCAAAUAAUAUUUCUUCUGAACAUACAAACAAUUCAAAUAACAUUCGUUCACUUAAUUCUUCAAAAUCUUCAACUACCGAAACAUUAAAAUACCCUUCAUCUCCUCUAUCACAUAUCAAUAGAAAUAGUAUAACGUCAUUAGCUUCUGUGGAUGAUCAUGCGUUUACUGGAAGUAGUUCACCUCAUGAUCAUCAUGAUAUUUCACCAUUAAUUUCAUCACAAUUAAAUCGUAAAGAGUCAAGUGGAUCUUCAAAUACUGAAAAGGAUUUUAUAAAUAAUUCUAGAAAGAAUGCAAGGAUGUCAAUAAUAUCUAGUAGUGAUAAACCAAUAAUUAAAGUGACUACUUCAACAUGA